ACGAUACGCCCGUAAAAGCCGAACUGUAUAGCGAAUACUGCGCGCUGAUUGGCUAGCGCGAUACGGUUGUGACUUGUAUGCAAAUGAUUUACACAAGCGGACAGUGGGCAAAUGAACCACAAAUCACCGGUUUUACUACCAUUGGUAUAGGUCAUGUAGUCAGAUAUUAAAACGUAUAGUAAAUUUAUAACAGAAAAAUGAACUCUUAUUAUCCUGCCUCGCUUUUUGCGCAAUAUUCAAGUGAAAAUCAUCAUAUGGGAGGAAAUGUGGGAUACAGUGCUGGAAAUUACGGACUUUUCGCUUCUAGAUUCGCGGAGCAAAUAGGAUAUCAUAAUUCGGGUUUUAAUAGUGACCACCAUCAACGUAUUGCAAAUACUUAUCCGGCACAUCAAAAUCACGAUACUUCUUCAAUUUACGGUCGGGAUCAUGCUUUACAUGCGACUCCAAACGCACACGGCGGACGUGUACCGAGCUAUCCGCCGGCCGAUGACAAUUCACACCCCACCCACCGUAGUUUUACGAACUGUUCAACUGCGGAAGGGACGUGGAAUGGUACCUCAAAUUCGCCGGAUUCCACACACAACAGUAACAGCCCAUAUUCUUCAAACUUAGACGCACAAAAUGGAAACUGUUCAGUGCUUCAAAAAGACUUGAAAGAGCCUCAAAGUCCGGGUGAAUCCUCGACGCCAUAUUAUCCUUGGAUGGGAAUAGUAGGUCCAAAUUCCGCACAAAGACGGCGAGGUCGACAAACCUAUAGUCGCUACCAGACUUUAGAACUGGAAAAAGAAUUUCAAUUUAAUCACUACCUCACUAGAAAAAGGAGAAUAGAAGUGGCACACUCUCUUUGCCUGACUGAAAGACAAAUAAAAAUAUGGUUUCAAAAUCGCAGAAUGAAAAUGAAGAAAGAAAGACAAGCUAUAAAAGAACUUAAUGAUAAUACCACACCAAAAGCUAAAAACAGUGACAGUAAAGGCUCUGACAAGGGUGAUGAUGACAAGAGUAUAGAAAGUGACGAUUCAUCGUAAAACAGCACUGGGUCUCGGGGAGAAAACAAUAACCGUCAGUCAUAAAACACACCGUUAGUAGUGGAUAGUUUCGUGAGUGAAGAUGUCGGCGUUAACAGUGAAUAGUUUCAUUGGGAAAAAAACCCAGCUGAGCAGUAGAUUCGAGAAGUGAAAAAUGAAAAACAAAACGAGAAGUAGUUUUUAAAAUAGAAAAAAAGUAUAUACCCUCGAUGACGAGAAGAAAAUCUAUGUCAAUUGUGACUGGUUUUUUUAAUUACUCUCACGUGAAAAACGUGCGGAAAACUAAAGAAUGGGUUUUGGUGGAGUUAUGAUAUAUUUGAACGAUAUUUGACAGAUACAACGGUGGUUUUCUGGGUUCUUUUUAUACUGUGCACUGGAAUAAGUAAGGGUAAAAUAUAUAAUAACCAUGACCCCGUAUUCAUUACACAUCUUUUACACUUGUCCGUGAUAUUUAGUUCUGUUUAAAGUUUGUGUUCAUACAUAUUUAUGAUCACAUAGUCAUGACAUAGUUCAAAAAUAGUUGUAUCUCUUUUUUUUCUUAUUCUUUUUAUAUUGACAUGCGCACUGAUACGAUUGCACAAGAUCGUAUCCUCCAAGUUUAUACCUAACACGAGAAUUAUGUUUAUGUUUGGCCGACGUUUCAGCCAGAUUUAAACUUUGUAUAGUAUAAGAUCUUUUUUUCUUUUCAUUUUUACAAAACUGUGUGCACAAUUAUGUUCUUAUUCUUGGUUGCUAAUCUGAACCGUUUUUGCCUACAAAGUAGCAAGUCGCCCUUCCCUAGUUUUGAAACUGAUAAUGCAAAGUUUUGCUUACGU